CCCACUCACUGCAAGCCACCGUUGUGACACACACCUCUCCUUUCGCUGGCGUGCCCGCGUGCAAGAUUAUUUUUUUGACGGCGAAGACAGCGGGAGUUGGUGACCUUGGCGACAUGCCUCUGGUUGACACCAUCCGUCUGUGGGCGGAGGGCGUGGAGGCAGCCGACAGAAAGGACUUUCGCGUUGCGUUCGCCAAGUUCGAGGAGAUCAUGGAGCCGAGUUCCAAGAUUUACUUCAACAUUGGCUGCAUCAGCAUGACGCUGGACAGACUCGGGGACGCCGUGAGAGCCUUUGACCGAACCAUCGCCAAGGACGAACAUCUGGCCGUGGCUUUUUUCCAGAGAGGAGCGGCCUUCCUACGAAACCAACUGUAUGAGGAGGCACUGCGGGAUUUCCAGGAGGCGCACAAGAGGCUCAGAGGCAACACGACCAUCGACUACGAGCAGCUUGGGCUGGCCUACAAGCUGCACUUGUGUGUCGUGCUACACAAUGUGGCACUGGCCCAUGCCUCUCUCGGCCAGUGGGUCAAGGCACAGGAAACGGCGCAGAAAGCGAAGGAGGCCGAGUUGCAGCCGCAUCAGACCUGCGUGGAUCGAGCCUUGGAGGCAGUAAAGAGGCAGGAGGUGUGGGAGGUGUGCGCCGUGCCUUGCGGAGUCAUGUUCCGACCCCAAAAGCAGCAGGUGGAACAGCUGGGCAAGAAGGACUACCUGGGCAAAGCCACGGUGGUGGCGUCACUGUCUAUGAACGAAGACCUCCCGGAGAUCACCUCCCAGCAGCCCCAGGGCGGGAAAAAAAGAAAUCUGAAAAUUCCUGCACCACCUGUGAAGGAGCCUCCACCCAGACCCCCUGCGUCCGAGGAGGGACAACGCCAGAAGAUGGUUUCCAAUCCACCUGCUCGAGCUCCACCUGUGCCUCUAUUCCCCAGUCAGGACCCUCGUUCAGAGGUGUCCCUGCAGAUGCCUAUCACCGUGGAGCUGCAUUUCACCCAAACGGUCACCAUGAGAGCCAGGCCUGGCAUGAGCUACGCGGACUUCCUGGCAUUAAUCAGCGAAAAGGUCAAGCAGCCCGAAGAGAGACUCCAGCUCAGCUACAGGAUGGAGGGGAGCGGUGAUUCCGUUCCCAUGACUGGAGACGUUCAGAUGCAGAGGCUGUGGGACAGAGCCCGCAACGGGAAGCUCACUCUGUGCUGCCAGCAGCUGCGGCCGGGGGAGACCGCUGCGGACGAACACGUGCUGAGACGAGUCGUGGCUCUCUGCGAUUACGACGCCAAGGAGCCCGGGGACCUCGGCUUCCGAGAGGGCGACAUCAUUCGCGUCAUCUCGGAAGUCAACAGUAAUUGGUUGGAGGGACGUUGCCGUGGGAACGUCGGGAUCUUCCCAACAAGCUUCGUGAGACGUCUGCGUGGCGGUGAGCCGAGAGAUGUAACCACGCGAGACGAGGAGCUGCAGCUCAGCGUCGUUUGAGAAGCUUGCACGAGCAGUGGCGUUCGAGUAUCAGCCUGCUGACGAUGUGGGGGC